AUGAAUUAUGACUUUUUAGAACAACCUGAUACUCCAAUUCCAGCAAAUCUUACUGUACCUUCCGGAAACUGUUUUAAAUUUUUACUUUAUGGUUGUGGUGUUCAAAUAUAUCAAUGUAUUACUAAUGGAAAUUCAGGUUCAUGGUCACAAGUUGGUCCGGACGCUUAUUUAAUUAAUGAUAAAAAAACCGAGACUUUUACUCCUAAAUAUGAAGUUGCGCAUCAUUAUUUCCAACAAACGCGUAAAAUUACUUGGCAAUCCCUUGUUAAAAAUGAUAACUCAUUAGUUAUUGCGAAAUUAAUCGCACAAUCAUCUUCUCCCGAUGGCUCUGAAAAUAUUCCAUGGCUUAAAACCCAAGCUACUUCUAAUCAAGGAAAAGGAGCAUUUGAUGAUAUUUCUUAUGUUCUUCGAAUUAAUACUAAAGGUGGCGUCGCUCCUCCAGCAGCACAAUGCGGAACAACUUAUUCAAAUGGAACAUUAUAUCGUAGUGAUUAUGAUACUGAAUAUUGUCGUUCUUUGGUAUUUAAAACCAAAAGACUUGUUCUCACUAGGAACGGUACACGGUCAAAUUUUUUGUGA